UCCUCCUCGUGCAGCCAAUCACCGCCUGUUUAUUGGCAUAGCGCUGUCGUGAUUGGCUGAGAGGGUGAAGUUCUUCAGAGCGCCAGAAAACAAGCUUUAGCGGGUGAUUCAUAGUCGCCUGACCAGCGGCGCGAACCAAAUAAGAAGAUUACAAGCUCAGAUCUUCUGAUUUACAGACAAAAUUAUGUUCUUAUAAGGUGGAAAAAGAAGGAUCAACUUUGCGCAGGAUUUAUUCACGCUUUUAGGAUUUGUUUUACUCAAAGGACGGAAGUUUAAGAUGGAGAUGAAGUGUUUAACUUUAAAAGAUUUGCUUAGUGUGAGGACACUAGUGAAUAAGACAAGCUCGGAUGAUACCGGCAGCAUGAAUGACCAUAAAGAGAACAUCUGCAUGGACAGAAGGAAAACCACCCCACUGAAGUGUGACUCAGCUGUGAACGGACAUAGGAGAGUUUCCAGCCCUGAUAUCAUUCAUAUAACCCCUAUUAAACACACUGAGAGGGCCCAUCCGGACCCCUGGACCCCAACAGCCAACCUGAAAAUGCUGAUCAGCGCCGCCAGCCCAGAUAUCCGCGACCGAGAGAUGAAGAAAACCCUCUUCAGACCCAUUGAGAAUGAAGAGAAAGCUGUAGAGGAGGAGGAGGAGGAAGAACUCGAUGACUCGUGUCAGUAUGAAGCUGUAGACGAUCCUGAGAGGAGACCCAGUCGCAAACAGAAGAGUUUGGGGCUUUUGUGUCAGAAAUUUCUGGCCUUGUACCCUGAUUACCCUGAAAAUUCGGAGAGCAUCAAUAUUUCUCUGGAUGAGGUGGCCUCAUGCUUGGGCGUUGAGAGGCGACGUAUCUACGACAUUGUGAAUGUGCUGGAGUCUCUGAUGCUGGUGAGCAGAAUGGCGAAGAACCUGUACGUGUGGCACGGGCGCUCGCAGCUGCCGCAGACCCUGCAGGAACUCCAUCGGGCGGGCCGAGAGCAGGGCUACCAUCUGCAGAUGGACCUGAGAGACGGAAGCAGCCCGUAUGCCGCCCACCACAUGCAAAACACACACGCGGCUUCCAGCAGACGGAAGGAUAAAUCGCUUCGCAUCAUGAGCCAGAAGUUUGUCAUGCUGUUCCUGGUGUCCAAAACACAGACCGUUACACUCGAUACGGCUGCUAAGAUUUUGAUUGAGGAGGGUCAGGAUGAGUCCAACCACAGCAAGUAUAAAACUAAGGUACGACGCUUGUAUGAUAUCGCGAAUGUCCUGACCAGCCUGAAUCUGAUCAAGAAACUUCACGUGAGAGAAGAAAAGAGCCGUAAACCCGUCUUCAAAUGGAUCGGACCUGCCAAUUUCCACAGCAGCAGCGAUUCAGAUGAUUUGAGGCUCUCAGAAGCUCAGAUCAGUACCUCCGUCACAGGCACCGGGGAACGACGGGAGAAGAUGACCCGUCACGCCUCCUUUCAGGUCAUUCCAGCCCCUCCUGUCAAUCAAAGACUGAUAAGCUCCGCCCCCAGCACACCUCACAGACAUUCCACAGACGAGCCGGUGGAUUACUCCAGGAAGAGUGUGAACAACAGUGCAGUGUGUCAACUGCAGUUUGGAGACAGUGGAAGCCCUGUAGUGUCUUCUACCGGACUGGCAGUGCCUCUUCAUGCUGACGUACCGUAUGCGUCACUGCCCGUUUCAGCCCAGUUCGCUCCUCAUUCGUUAGCGUACCUGUCCGGUCUGUCACAAACACCCGUGCUCAUGGUGUACAGCGGACACAUACCCGAGGGCAUCAACCAGAGGUCACCCGUCUCAGGCCACAGGGAGGGAAAUCCAAAGAGAGAGAGACAGGAGGAAGAGGAAGAUGAUCAGGCAGCUAAACGAGGCAAACGCUCUACGUCCACAGAAAGUGAAACAGGUGAGACUGAGAGUUUGAGCUCCAGUGCCAGAAGGUCUCCGAUCUGCUCUCGAGAAGGUUCUCCAUGGGACGAGGCCUCGAUUGGGCCCGUGAAUGAGGAAGACGCCAGAACAUCCAGUCCCAAAGACGCCCUCCUGUCCUCUCAUUACCUCUAUGUUCCGAACACAGCAGGUCUGAACGGUUUGAACUUCCUCAUGCCAGCGGGACAUACACAAGGUGGUGUGCCAGCUGUAGCUAUGCCGUAUUUUUUGGUGCCUUCGCCGCUCAUAGCGGGUACGAUGCCCACCUCCAGCGCUGAGGGGGCUGCCAGCAGCGGUUUGAGUUUCAGCAUGCCCACCAUGUUGUCACCAGCCUCGUUUGUGAUGGCAGGAGGGGCAUUUAAUGUGGCUGAAACACUGAGCAGCCCUGAGCAUCAUGGGCACAGAAUACCAGUGGCCACAUUCUCACCACAGGGACCACGAGUACAAGAGAGCCCUCAGCCCGCACAAACACAGACUCCUGUGACACCAAAGGAAGCAGCGCUGGGGUCCAAAUCUUUCUUUGAGACACCUGGAGCUUUUGGGUCUCUCACCACCCAAACGGCGGCACGCAAAAGAGGCUCCGCCCAGAGGAGGCUGGACAUCGGACACACCGCAGCCAAUUAAAUUAGCCGCUGCGUUUGUGUCAUUGGUUUUCAGGCUUCUGUGUUGCUACAGUGCCAAAGACAGAAACAGCAUUACACAGCAAAAUUUUACUUGAAUUAUUUCUCAUAUAUGAACAUUUCUUGUUUACUAACAUCAGAAUAAGAGGAUAACUACAGAUCCUAAAGUUCCACUCAGGGUCUAUAGUGUGAUAUUGGAGAUAAUUUGUUACACGCCCUUUUGUGGCUCAAUUUGUUUUCCCCCUCACCAUUUCGGAUAGUAUUUUGGAGUUUUUUAAUAUCCUACCAGUGUAUUGCCUGAUUUUGUUUACCAUUAUUAUUUAUUAUAGUAUUUCCAGAGGCUAAAAUCAUCAAUCCAGCUCUAGCACUACGUAUUUAAAAAUGUGAAAAUUAAUUAAGUCUGGAUCGGCCUCUGAGAGUAAACCACAGAUUUGCGCCAUACUAUGUUCAUUUGCGUUUAGUAUUUCACUAAUUCCCAGGUAAGAGAGUUUGUAAAAGUGCCAUAUCGGUGAAGCCGACAUGCCUUAGAAAUGUGUUUGUUACAUGAUGCCUUCGCCACUAAGAAUGAAUGAAUAGAAAAGCGCAUUUGGGGAUAAACAACAAAAUAGUGGUUGUAAUUUUAAGAUUGAGGUGCUAAUGUCUGAAAUGAAUAGGAAACAAAGACAUACUUGAAUAACCAGUGAAUAUGAUCUGCAAUCACUGGAACAGUGGAAUUAUCACAGUACUGUACUGUUUAAAACAAAGUAUGUUUAUGUGUUAAUUGUUCUUAGACUAGUAAUAAAUUAUUUUUGGAACCGUACAGGAGUUACAUUUGGUGUAAUUCGUAAAGCUGUACGGUAUUUGCAGUUAUUCUACUGUAACUUAUAGCGUUGAUUAUUUUUGUAUGUUCAUUUCUGUCUGUCAGUGUUUAAAUGUCUGUUGGAUGUUUAAAGCUGCACUGAUGAAUUGUAUGGUGCUUUUGUGUUUGUCAGAUGUAUCAUUUUAUGUAUGGACACAGGUGUCCUACAUGUAACACAAAAUAAAUAUAUGCAAAAUGCAA